UGAGAUAAACGAGGUGUCACACUGCCUGCUCCCAUGUCAUUACUGUGUGUGAGGUCAAUGAAGCCUUAAGAUUCUAUAAAACAGUCUGAAAUCCCCUUUCUACCUCAGUGACCAACACCAGUAACUUGGGUGACAGAAAGGAGAUAAAAGAGCAAAGAGAAAAAGUGCAGGUUCCUUCCCACUCUUUGCCUGUAUCAUCAGCUGGCAAGCUCUUGCAGGCACACCCAGCUUACACCCUUUCACUCCACAAGUAUUCAAGUACCUGUUACCUGCGAGGGACUAGGCCAGGCUUUUUCUAAGGACAAACUUCAAAAUAGAGCCAACUUCCAGAAGAGCCAGUCUUACCUGGACUCAAACUAACACCCCAGGGGAAGAGGUGGGCUCACCCCAGGAGGCACUGCCCUUUACCAAACUGAAAGGAAGCUUAUUGAGAGACUCUCAGGGUCCUUGCAACUGCCCGUGGUCUUAGCACCUUCUAGAAGGGAGGCUUCUGCAGCUCUGUCCCUGACCUGGCAGUCCCCCUGCAUGAGCUGGGAUGGGGACAGAGAAAAGAGGCCCCACCUCAAGGAUUCUAGGGUGCUGAGAGCCACCCUACCCAGCAAUCUUGGCCUUCCAAGAAGUUUCUGUCCCUCAAUCAAAUGCAGACAAUGAAACGGCACAAACUAACGUGGUAGACAACAAAAGGUAACUAUGUUAUCUUCAUCACAUGCGUAUCAACAUGAAAGCCAGUCCCCCAGUGCCCCGUCAGGACAGGCCCUGCAUGGGUGUGCCUGCAGGAAUGUAGAGAGACCACUUGGGUAUCAAGGUGGAGUGGUGAGCUAAGUGACAAGAGGGCCUUUCUGUAGGAGAAGCUGGGCUGUGGAUGGCUCUUCCCAGGUCAAGGCGAAAGCACAGGUCUCUGUUGGCAGGUAAGGAAUCCCUCAUGAGUGUCCAUAGCUUUCUAUGUCUACCUCAAGACACUGCCAGGGAACAGUGUGGACCCUACACUGGUUGGUGAGAGGCCAGUGAGAAGAGACGGUGGCCACUGCAGGGUGCAGCCCACCUGGAGAGGGAAGGUGGGGGCAGCAAGACCCAGACCCGGUCUUGUCCUGGGAGCAUGGACUUGGGAUAGUCCAGCUCUAACGAAAGGCAUCUGUAAGAAGGGACCUGAUGGGCCAGAGGAAGCCAGGCAAAGCUUCGGAUACUGACAAGUUUCAGAUGGAGCCUCCUGGGAAGAUCAGGAAAUUGAACAGUUCAGGGGCCUUGAGAGAAAAGGUGGGGGAGAAACAAGUGAAGCAAGAGCAGAGGGAGCCGGAAGUGGAUGUGUGUGCAAAAUUGUUUAGAAUAAUUGACCAUGGAAAGGAAACAGAAUAGUUAACAUGGAAUGCAGGAGGAGGAAGCCCAAAAGAAUAGCUGUGGUCUGGUUCCUGGGAAUAAUGAGUUUGGUAGGGACAGACUUUGGCUGGGGACUCAGAGGGUUGAGCAGCCUUGAAAGGAGCUCAACUAUUGACCUUCCUCCUUCUGACCACGUGACUCUUCCAGGUAUAAAAGCCUGUUGUUCUUGGAAGAGGAAAAGGUAGUCCAGUCAGACAAGGUUCCACCUGCGUCUGAGACCCGACGUAUUUGAAAAGCUAUCUGUCUCCAGGAAAAGGCAAGGUACCCAAUUUUGCUUGUGCCCAGGGAAGAGGCCGGUGGGCUCACAACCCUAGGAAGAGAUGGGACAGGAGUGUGUAUAGAUAAACCUAAUGAAGUGGGACUAGAGUAUAGGCUUUCCUCUUCAAGGAGGCGAGGGAAGAGGUCACAGAGAUGAGACAGGGCCAGGACAAGUCACUGGGGAGAUGGUACUGGUGAAGGCUGGGGUGCCUGUGAGGGCAGGAGACAAACAAAAGGUGACUUCAGUCCCAAGCAGGUGGGAAGCUCCCUGUUCACCGGGCCCUCUGCUUCCAAGAUCCUCCAGUUCAGGAAUGUUAUUACUUAGAUCGGCCGCCCACAUUAUGUUACCAGUAAUAGGUUAAUAACUCAAGUUUUAUUUUGACUAUCUACCUUUUAAUGAUAAAUUAAAGGCAACUAAAGGUUACUUUUGAUUGACAUAAAUCUCAUGUAUAAAUGCUUUCUUCAGGGGUCAAGAAAGGGUGAACUGUUGGGCCACAGACAGAGAACUGUAGUUCUGGAGAAAUCAGUGGUUACAGGAGGUGCAGGGAAAACAAGCUGUUGCUGAGAGGACUUAGAGGGAUCUGCCCCGAGUCACAUGCAUGAGCUGAGGCGUGGCCGGGCCUGGAAUCCUGGUGGCCUGGCCCAGGUCAGGCCCUUCUGCUAACCCCCAAACUUACAGGCUUCUUUGAAAGGCUUGGUGUGGAAUCAAGAAGCUGGGCAUCUGGGACUCACCUUGGGCUUAACCUACUUUUCUCUUGGACUUCAACCAAAUUGCCAUUUUCAGAGGGGGGAUGGCCCUGAGUCCCCGAGGCCUGGGACUUCUCCUGGCCUACAUCAUCAUCUUCCUCAUCGGUCUCCCGGCCAACCUCCUGGCCCUGCAGGCCUUCGUGGGGCGGGUCCGCCAGCCGUACCCUGCACCCAUCCACAUCCUCCUGCUCAGUCUGACACUGGCGGACCUCCUCCAGCUCCUUCUGCUGCCCUUCAAGAUGAUCGAGGCUGCAAACAAUUUCUUCUGGCCCCUGGGGGAUACACUCUGUGCGCUCAUGGGUUUUGGCUUCUACAGUGGCAUCUACUGCAGCACGUGGUUGCUGGCGGGCAUCAGCAUCGAGCGCUACCGCAGCGUGGCUUUCCCCAUGCAGUACAAGCUGUCCCGCCGGCCUGUGUACGGAGUGAUUGGUGCUGUGGUCGCCUGGGUAUUGUCCUUUGGACAUUGUAGCAUUGUGAUCAUUGUCCAAUACUUACCAACCAACAAUACUCACCCACCAUCAGCCAAAGGAAACAAUGUCUGCUACGAGAACUUCAGCAAAGAGCAGCUGGACGUGGUGCUUCCUGUGCGGCUGGAGCUCUUCCUCAUCCUCUUCCUCAUCCCCAUGGUGGUCACCGUCUUCUGCUACUGGCGCUUCGUGCAGAUCAUGCUCUCCGGUGCCCAAGUGGGGGCCUGGAAGCGCUGGAGAGCCGUGGGGCUGGCCGCUGUGACCCUCUUCAAUUUCCUGGUGUGUUUUGGUCCCUACAAUGUGUCUCACGUGGUGGGGUUCUUCCAGCAGGGAAGUCCAAGCUGGCGGCUGUGCGCGGUGUUGAUCAGUGCUCUCAAUGCUUGCAUCGACCCCUUGAUUUUCUAUUUCUCCUCCUCAGUGGUGCGCAAAGCCUUCGAAAAAAGGUUACAGAUUCUGCGGAGCUGGGGUGCCUCACUGUUAGGGCGCUGGAGGGGAAGAGCUGGAAAGCUAGCUGCAGAGAGAGGAAAUGAGAGCUUAAGUACAUCCAAUGUCAGUUUUACAGAGGACUAAAUUCACCAGCUUGGCGCUAUGUUUUUUGAGGAAGAGGACUCAAAAGGGGGAACAAUGAACAGAACAGGGGCAAGUUCUCCUGUGCCUAGCUUAAGGGGCAAAGAAGAGCAGUGGGCAUCUCAAAUCCAACUCAUCCAUUGGGUGAGUGUCUUCAUUUUAUCUCCCGGGGUUGAUGACAUUUCCUUGUCUGUGGUUGGUACGGCUUCGUGGUGAGCCACAAGCCCUUUUAUCCUUGGAAUUCUUUACCUUCCCCACCCAGUAUCUAUCAGAUGAUAGUGUUCAUUUAUCCACUGCAGAGCUCUUUGCUCUGUCCUUGGCCCUGAUUCAUAAGGGGGGUGGGUUCCAUGUGCUCGGCCUGAACAUCCCACACAGGCAAGAGUCUGUAGAGGACAGAAUCCUGCACAUGAGCCCAGAAGACCAGCACCCAAGUCAAAGCAGCUGCUGGCUCAGAUCUAUAAAAUGGGCAAGAAAAGGAACAGUCCUUGAAGGAUGAAUCAGUGCAGGUGUGAAUAAACUGUCAGGAUACUUCUUAGCAGUUAUGUCCUGUUUCCAAUCCCCAGCACUGUGUCACACACUGAGAUAUACACGCAUACCAUGCAUGGCCUAAUAAUAAGUGUGCCUGUUCGCUGAUUCAUCACAGUGAACACGUCCAUCUAAGUGAAAAAAAUGAAACAUCCACCUUCUUAGUUUGGGCUUUCUUUUUCCCUCACCUUUGAAGAUUUCUUUUUUCUCUCCUCUCGCCUUCCUUUGGGGUAAUUUUAUUUAUUUUUUUGUUUCAUUCUCAUAUUCAUUUCUCGUAUCACUGAGUUGGAAAUUAUAUGCUGGCUUUAUUAUUUUCGCGGUUCUUUUAGACAUUUUAAUAAGUUAGCGGUUCCUUAGCUGCCUCCUCCCUCCCUCUGUGCCUUCUUCCCUUUGAAUACCACAUGGAGGAAAACCAAUCCAGAAGCCAUCCAAUUAUGGGCAUCCUCUAGAGAAGUUCUCAGAAGGCAGUGGGGAGACCCCUGGGGGAGCCCAGAGACCCUUACGGGGAUCUGUAGGGUCAACACGCUUUUCAUAAUGAGAUUAAGAUGUGACUUGCUUUUUUUACUCUCAUUCUCUCACAAUAAUAAAUGUACAGUGGAAUUUUUCAGUGGCUACUUGACAUGCGAUCUCAAUGGCAGACUGAAUGCAGAGCAGAUCUGGGAAUCCAGCUGCCUUCUAUUAAACUAGACAUUAAAGAGCUCGGCAAAAAUGUAAAACAAUGCCACUCCUCUCACGAGUGUUUUUGAAAAUUUGGUUGUUUUUGCAAAAAUAUGUUAUUUAUAUUGACAUG